AUGCUUGUGUUGUGUCGACGAGGACAGAUAGAGGAGAAACCUGCAGUAUCCGUGCAAUUGAAUGAGACAUCGAACGAGCAAUUCAAGUUCUCGAAACCACUGAUGGAUGAUGCUGCAGCCGUAUUACCUCCUACAAACGACGUGAAUGUUGAGGAAGAGAGUGUACAAAUGAAAGGAAUUGUAUCGAUGGAUGUAGUGGCUGUGGAUAGGAGGAGGAAGAAGAAGAGUAAGAAGAAGAAGAAAACGAAACGAUCAGGUGGUUCAAAUGUAGCAAUUCCUGAGAUUGCUACAAGAGACGAGAACAAAGCUGAAGGAAACGAAAUUGACGAUCUAUUUGCGUCGUUAAAGACAAAGAAACAGAAGAAGAAUAUUGAAAUGGAGCAGCAAAAGCUUGCAGAAGAAGAGGAAAAACGUCGUGGCAAGAAGGAGAAGGAGCAAUUACAGCAGCAGAUUAAGAAACUCGAAGCACAAAACACCAACUCCUCUGCAGUCGGUCUUAACCCGGAUCCACGACCAGUUCGCUAUGAUGAAGAUGGAUUGCCCAUUUAUACAGAAACUUCACUGCAAAUAGGCAAAGGUGGGAACACGACCGACUGUCCAUUUGACUGCUGGUGCUGCUUUUAA